CCUGCAUGCAGUACAGGUGAAGGCUAAUGGGUUAAACAUACAUCUCACUUCAUGCAUUGAGAUUUAGCAGCUAAACAAGGUUUUGAGAUUAUCCUCCAGUUAAAUCAGAUCUUUGAGCUGAAAGGUUUGACACAACUGUUUCAGAUCUUUAAAUAAUGACUAUAACUACUACGAUUAUAGCAACUAACGAUCAUAUUCAUCCUCAAUUAAUCUACCUACUAUUUUCUUGAUUAAUCGUUCGGUCUAUAAAAUGUCAGACAAUAUGGGAAAAGGCCCAUCACAAUACUCUGGGUACUCAAGGUAACAUCUUGUAAUGUCUUGCUUUGUUCGACCAAAAGUUCAAAACCAGUUCAGUAGUCAGAAUUACAAUUAUAUAAAGUAAUAAAGCUAGGCCUCACAAAUCAUACACUGGAAUAGGUUUUUGCUUGAAAAAUGACUCGAAAGGUUAUAAAAUAGUUGCAGGUUAUUUUUGUGUUGAUUGGUUAACUGGUUAGCCUAAUUGUUACAGCUUUAAUAUCUCUAGGUAUUAUUAAGACAGGAUGAAAUAAAAUAGAUUCUUCUCCAGUAAUUAUUGUUAGUUUAAACCAAUCUUUACACUGGGAUCCUCAAUGAACUUUUAUUGUGCUCUCUGAGGUGUUCCAGCCUAGACAGGUCAACCAAUGUGUGUCAGCGUCUGUGUUUUAAUUACUAUCCUCCUUCAUCCUUUGGAGGGUUGUUAAACAGUAUAUCAUCCGCUGUAACAAUGUAGCUAGAUCAUACACACGAAACACACUAAGACGCACAACUGAAGGGUUAAAAAUAGGCAUACAGUUGUACGAUUAGGUCACUAUACAGUAAACCACAGACACAAUAGGCUGCAUCCCAGUAGGAUUGACACCGGGGAAACGCAGUGUUUUUCCCCUUCGGGCGGUUUUGGCAUUUCCAUUCAGCUUCUCGUUUCUUUAAUUACUUCCGAAAAGCACGAGCUGACGUUACAGUAACGUGCUCGCAUCGUGACGGGAGCUCAUAUGUUGGCGCUGCACUGUAUGUGCCGCCACCACUCUCCUUUCUCUGGCAGCCACACCCUCCCAUCUCCAUCUCGCACGCGUGCAGCUGUGCGGGACUGACUGUGCGUGAGUCUCCCUGUCGGGCACCCGCAGCAUCAGCAACACAAAAGGGUCGGAGCUGCCGGAGCUGGGCUUUUCCUCAGCGCUGAUCAGAAGGAGGAAUCGCGUUCAAAAAAAGCAACAGCGGUGGACAGCGGCGACGCUCAUCUGGGUAAAACGAGCUUUGUGCAAAAGGGCAGAUCGAUGUUCCCUAAGGUUUUACUGCAGUGGUGCGCAGCCAUCUCGAGCUGUGCAGCUGAAAUAGAGAGAAAGCGUCAGGGCAAAUUCCAGCCCUUCAGACGACUCUUUGGGAAGAAGAAGAAGAGGGAGGUGAAAGGGGGCCUUGAUGGAGCAGAGCUAAAGGCGAGUCUUUCUACUGGGGAAGUGUGCAAUGGAGUUGUAUCUGACGAUGAGGAGUCCAAUCAAAAUCUGAGGGAGUUGAAUCCCAUCGGAUCACGAGCCCUCUCACACGACAGCAUCUUUAUCCCAGAGGAUCCGGCGCCCGAGCCCGUUCUAGAUCACAGCAUGUCCCAGGAAAACGUCUCGGAUAAAGUUCGGAAUCUGCAGAAGCAGAUAGCACAAGGUAUAAAGUUUGGCCAGAGGCCUCCUUCUCUGAGGAAAAGUGAAGGAGAUGAGGGAAGUUCAGAUGAGGAAGAGGUUCCCCGGAGUCCUCUGAAGGUUCUGGCCCAGGUAGAAGUCGAGCCAGCAAGCACAGAGCCAAAGCAGGUCCAGGGGGCUCAACAAGCCGGACCACACAGCACCACCCCAGUGAAGUCACCGAGGUCCAGACGAGUUCUUCCGCCCACUGGUACUAUCGAGUCCAUCAAUCUGGAUUCUGUUCCACAGUCUGUUCCUCGCUUAGACAACACCGCUGCCAAGCAUAAACUGUCAGUCAAACCUAAAAACCAGAGGAUUUCCCGCAAACACCGGCGGUUUACACAGGAUCUCCAAGAGGUAUCUAUUCCUGGUGUGGUGCAAGAGGACCUCGAGGCGGCAGGUGUCUCCACAGACGACCAGCGCAGAGCAUCUGUCGAGUCCCAAGAGAGCUUCAAGAAACAGAGACUCCAUGAGGAGGAGAGACAGGGGACGAGGAAGAUGAGGGGGCUGGAGGAACAGAGGCUCAAGCAGCAGGAGGAGGAGGAGAAGAGGAAGAGAGCAGCAGAGGAGCUGAGGCUGCGUGAACUAGAGGAGGAGAGGUGUCGUAAACAGCAGGAGGAGGAAGAACAAAGGCUUAGAGAAGAGGCUGAGAGAAGGAGGAGGGAGGAAGAGGAGAGAGUGAUCAGAGUGGAAGAGGAAAGGAGGCGGCGAGAGGAGGAAGAGCGGAUGCGGAGGGAGAUGGAGGAGGAAAGGAGGAUACAAGAGGAACGGGAGCGCCGACAGCGGGAGGAGGAGGAGGAGGAGAGGAGACGACUGGAGGAGCAGAGGAGGAAAGAGGAGGAGGAAGCGAGGAGGCAGCAGGAGCUUGAGGCCAAGAAGAAGAGAAAGCUAAGAAAGGAGGAAGAGGAAAGAAAGAAAAAGGAAAAAAUGGAGAAGCUGAGGUUGCAGGAGAUUGAAGAAAAGAAAGAAAUAGAAUCAGAGAGGAUGAGGAAGGAAGAGGAGGAGCAGAGGAGGGCCGAGGAGCUGCGCUGGAGGGAGAUGGAGGAGAGACAGAGGCCUUUCUCUUUCAAAGUUUCCUCUGUAGAAAAACAGAUUUUGUUCCAGAAGGUCAACCUGACGCCUGUUACGCCGGCCUCCAGCCACCAGAGCGGUGCUGUAGCUGAGCAAAGAGACAGCGCAAAGUCUUCCUCCUCUGAAGGACCAGAAUCCCCCAACCUGCCAACGUCUCCAUAUGUCCCCCACACAGCCAUCUUAGUGACGGGCGCACAGCUCUGUGGGACAGCCGUCAAUUUAGACCAGAUCAAAGACACCGCCUGCAAGUCUCUGCUGGGUUUGGGAGAGGAUAGAAAGGCCCAGGGAACACCGCCGACCAAGAGCAAGACUUCACCGGACCGCAAGUCUGGCAAAACCAAAUCCCUCAACGAGUCCUCGCUCUCUCCAGACCAGUGCGUCCUGGCAGAGUGGGCGAGCAUCAGAUCAAAGAUAUUCAAGGGGGUAGAGGAGGGGAAAUACGACGAGUACCCAGAGCCAAGCAAGAACCAGCCUCAGCCCAGCAGUGAAGACCCGCCUGCGUUCUCCCACACGAACCUCAGGAAGACCAUGUCUGCUAGCGCCAAGUUCUCCAUCACCCCUGCGAAGAAGAAGUUUGGAGAUUCAAACAGAAACUCUGAGGUGUUCAGUGCAGAUGACAAGGAAGCGGGAGAGGAAACCACUCCGUCAGACAGCCCCACCGCAACCUCCCCAGCUCCAACCACUAAACCUCAGAACAGAACGAGUAAAACUGUCCGGAUCGUAGAAAGAGGGUCAGAGGAAUGUAUGUUUGCCAAAGACCUCCCCUCUUUCCUGGUUCCCAGCCCUGGAGGCAGACCUGAGGGGGCAGAGAUGAAGUGCAGGGCUCAGAGUGAUACGGGGGUGAUUGAAAGUAGAGAUGAGGAGGGAGAGGAGCGAGGCCAGGACGGUGACAAUGACAAUCCCUCGCCUUUUGGCAUAAAGCUGAGGAGGACCAACUUCUCCCUCCGCUUUCACAGCGAACAGUCCACUGAGAAAAGGAAGAAGCGAUACAGUGCUGGGGACAGCUUUGACGGCGUCCCUUCACCUCUCACCCCCAUUGAGCCCGACUCUGAUGCUUCCUCUGUCUUUUCUGACAAAUCCACAAGCCCAUCAUCGCCUCAGACAGAAGGCGCGGCCGGCAAGUACUUACAUGCAUCUGCCUCCCCCGCCGUCCCUCGGGCUAAACCGGGUAAGUCUACCAGCCCGACAGCACACAGCGAAAGUGAGAAAGUGCUUUCCAAGCCCCCGCUCUACCGAAGACCAACCACAUCACCCAAACCUAGUGGAGCAGUUCCCACACCUCCCCCAUCGCCGCUACCUAAAGAGGUCCACGGGCCUCCCAGCGAUGCCGUGAUCCAGAGGACGGGGGCCGCAGAGUCAUCCAGCCAGGAGCAGAAGAACAGGAGUGAGGAACAUUCAGCGGUGGCCCAGUUACACCGGAGCAGCCAGGUGCAAGAAGAGGAGCCGAAGGAGAAGAGAUCCUUCUUCCCCUCCAUCAACAUCCCCUGGAGAGAGAAGACGGACAGGAAGACGGAGCUCAUCAAGAAAGAAAAACCAUCGCUACAGAGCAGGCACUCACUGGACAGUGCGAAGGUCCAGGAGAAGGAGACUGGGCCCUUGUGGAUCACGCUGGCUCUGCAGAAGCAGAAAGGCUUCAGGGAGCAGCAGCAGAGCAGAGACGACCGCCGCAGCCACAGAGAGGCCAAACUGGCUGAGAAACAAUCUAAAGAUAGAGACAGUGUUACGCUGGUGAGCCCCACGGAGAGCAGGGGAAGCGGCAGCACCAGUCCUUCUUCUAAACCUCAGACACCGGAGGAGCCCAAGAGACCCGACAGCCUCCUGGGACGGUUUGAGCGUCGAGAACACCUGAAAAAAGCCAACACUUUACCUAGCUCUGUCACUGUUGAGAUUGCAGACUCUACACCGUCGCCACCUGCUGUCAAGGAGGUGUCAAAGCGCUUCCCCUCCAGUGACUCUCCGCAGGUGUCCACAGAGCCGGCGUGGCUGGCCCUGGCCAAGCGAAAGGCCAAAGCCUGGAGCGACUGUCCUCAGAUCAUCAAAUAACUUCACGCUGGGCUCUGGCCUGCAUUGAGACUGCACACUGCCCACGGACUCUGAAGCACCUUGAGAGUCACCAUCACCUGUUCCUUCCCUCCCAAAGACUCACCACGAAAACCCUCCUGAACUGUGAAACAAGUAAAGCCCUCCAUCACCUCGUAACCCCCCCCCCACACACACAAACACACACUGGCUGGUACUAUUAUCAUGUUAAAGUGCGCUUCACAUUCAAAUAUUCCAAUACAAUCGCACAGAUAUAUGUAAACAAUUGUUGCGC